AUGGUAUCCUCGUUGUCAUCACCAUCUACUUCACCUUCGAACUCUAUGCAACUCGAAGUUUCACCUUUACGUAUCGAUACGAAAUCGAUAAAUGAUCAAUCGGCCAUGAUGAUGAAGUUGACGGAUGAAAGUAUUGUGGCAAUACAAAAGGCACAAAAGGCACGAUUACCAAUACGUAUUAAGAUCGAUUCUCAAGGUGGAACCAUUGAAAUCGGUUCAUCGAGCGAUAAAUUGACAAAAUUUAAGUUUUUCAUUCAAAAAAUUCAUGGUGAACCGUCGGAUGCAAUUUUAUUCGAUCGUGUUGAUGGUUAUUCGACAACUGCAAUUAUUAAAUCGAAAAUACAGGUGCAAACAACGGAAAAAUCUUUGGCUGAAACUAGAGAAAAAGCACAAAAAAUGGCUGAAGAAGAAAAAAAGAAAAAAGCUUUAAAAGAAGAUAGCAAGCAUAAACGCGAUCACCAUUCUGUGACUGUUAAACGAGCAACAAAUCCGUUAGCAAUCGGCGCACAGAGACCAAAUGCAUCAGUCAUAAAAGCAAAUCAAUCAGAUUCAUCAAGAAUUACAUCAAUAAAGAAUUCUACAAAUCCUGGAAAUAGCAUUUCAAAUGCUUCUUUUGGUGGUGAAUAUGUUCUAGCAGGUGCACAUUCAUACGUAAAGGCUGAAAUAAGUCGUCGACCCUUGCGAAAACGACUUAUUCAUUUGAUUGUGCUUGGCCGUUUCAAUAACUUCGAUGAAAUUAUUUCGCAGUUUCGCAAGGAUUCUCUUAACGAAGAGAUAAAUCAGGAAGAUAUUGCAAAAGCGCGCGAUAUUAUUGACGAGAUAUCUGAAAUAAGUCGAGAAACGAAUCGAUUGCAGCUAAAGGCAGCAUAUUUUAAUGAGGUAGAUGCUCGUUGGCCUGGUUUCAGUUCAGACGAGAAAAGUUUUGUAAGGAAAAUAUUAUCAAGUAAUUUUGGAAUUGUGACAAAUUUUGCUCCAACUCGGAAAAAAGGAAUGGCACCGAUGACAGCGCCAUUAUCUGCCGCUACUCAUGGAAAUAGCAUCAGUCCAGAAGGUGGUUCAUUGGCUGUAACAAAUCCGACAAGUUUGCGACCACCAUCAGCAAAUUCAACGAAAAAAAUUUCCCCCGAACGCCAAUCUUCACACGCUUCUAAUACUAAAAAUCUUAUGUCAUCGAAUAAUGGCACUGUCAAUGUUAAUACAGAACAGCAUACGGGCAGCGAUGAUUCUUCUACAAGUUCUGUAAAAAAGAGAGCCUUACCAUCUUCGACAGUUGUACCCAACAAACGUCCUCGAAAUGAGUCUUUAUCGCCACCUGAAGAUCCUUCUUGCGCAAAUCAGCAAUCUCAAAAUUCUCAAAAAACUGGUCAUCGUAAUGAAAAAUUGAAUAAUAAUAAUAACAAUAGCAGUAAUAUGAAUGAACGACAGCAACAACAGCAAGUAAGCAAUAGUGGUCAGACGAGUAAUAAUAACACGAAUAGCAUGACGCUUGCAAAUUCUCCACUGACCUCGGUCAAUUCAAGCAAAGAUUGGUCAAAGGAAUUCGGCGAACCGAGAAGUCUAGCUGAAGCUGAGAAAUAUUUCGAAAUAUUUAAUGAGCAAUAUCCGAUAUAUAUGGAAUGCUAUAAUCGCUUAUCUUUAAUUUCCGAUGAAUUUAUUGAAAUGGAUAAACAGUUGAAGGAGAUUCCAAAAAAUAGUCGCGAAUACGAGAAGUUGGAACGAACCAUUCAAGCGAAAUUCUUUCAAUAUUACCGUGAUCCUGGAUUCCGUCAAACACAACAGAAACACGCAGAUUUGCGUGCUAAAUUAGAGGUCUUAAAGAAGCGAAUUGCUUCAUGGGAAUCGAAUUAUACAAAAGCUAUAACUGAUAAUGAUAAUCGUGAUUUUCGUUUGUAA